AUGAGGGUCAAGCUGGGGGUCUGGGUCCUCAUGAGGGUCAAGCUGGGGGUCUGGGUCCUCAUGAGGGUCAACCUGGGGGUCCAGGACAUGAAGAAGUUUGAAGCUCCUGAUUCACGAAACAGGAAGUUCCCUGGAUGGGUCCUGAGGAAGAGGAGGCUGUCAGCUAGCAUCCGCUGGGUCACAGGAGUCAUUUUACAGAUGUCAGUCCAGGGUUCAGCCCGGGUGAUGGAGACCGGGCCCCCCAUCACACAAUACAUACCGUUACCAUGGAAACGCAGCAUCCACCUGGCCCUGCUGCUCUUCCACCUGUGGCUCCCUGAAGUCUGGGGCUCCUGUCGCAUCCUGAGGUGCAACUCUGACUUUGUGGCUGCGACGCUGGACCUGGGCAACAGCGGAGGAGGAGGAGGAGGAGGAGGAGGAGGAGGAGGAGGAGGAGGAGGAGGAGGGCUCAGCAGGGAGGUGGUGAAUACUGGAUACUGCAGCGCCCUGCGCUCCUACGCCACGUGCACCAAGCGCACGGCCCGGGCCUGUCGUGGUGACCUGGCGUACCACUCGGCCGUCCAGGGCAUCGAGGACCUCCUGAUCCAGCACCGCUGCCCCCGGGUGGGGCCCACCGCCCAGCCCCGCCCCAUGCCCCAGGCCCCCCUGUCAGGGGACACCUGCCUCUACGAGAAGGGCUUCUUCACGCGGGAGGGACGGCCGCCAGAGUACCUCCACUGUGGCGUGUUUGGCGAUCCCCACGUUCGAACCUUUAACAAUGAGUUCCAAACCUGCGCCGUGCAGGGGGCGUGGCCUCUGAUAGACAAUGAGUACCUGUACGUGCAGGCGACCAGCACGCCAACAAGAGGACAGACGUACGCCACAGCACUUACUAAAAUCACCAUCAUCUUUAAGAACUGGCGUCAGUGCAUCGAGCAGCAUCUCUACCAGGCCGAGCUGGACAACGUCCCGGCGGCGUUUGUGGACGGCUCGGUGUCGAGCGGCGAGCGGCGCGGUCAGCACAGCCUGCUGGUACAAACCCAGAGUCCCGGCCGGCACGCCGAGAUCCGGGCCGCCCACAUCGGCACCGUGCUGGUGGUCCGACAGAACGGCCGGUCCCUGGGCCUGGCGGUGCGCUCGCCUCGGGCCAUCGUGGAGGCCUUCGCCCCGGAGCAGGACCUCCAGCUGUGUGUGUGGGGCUGUCCGGCCUCCCAGAGACUCAACACCUUCACCCCUCCUUCCUCUUCCUCUUUAAAAGCUCAGGCUUACUGUGCGGCGCACCUCCCGGCCAGAGACAUCUACUACCAGGCCUGCGUGUUCGACCUGCUGGCCACAGGGGACCUGAACUCCAGCAUGGCAGCUGUCGCCGCCCUGGAGGACGCUCGUGGAAUGAUCUCUGACAUGGAGCGGGUUCAUCUGCUGCCCGUGGCCUCGGCGGUCCGACCUGGACCCUGUCUGGCCAUGCUGCUGCUGCUACUGGGCUUUCUGGGAGCACUGGGGAGGCCGUAG